AUGGUGUCCAUUCGAAUGACGAAGAGAUUGGAAAAUCUGACAUCAGAUAAAAUUUGCACGAUGGCUCCGGUCAGCCCGGACAGGGGAGGCAGAGGGGUCGGCAGGGAUACCUCGAUGGGGAAUAUCGUAACACGACAUUUUUACCGACUGGUUAGAGGAGGUUGGAGUUGCUUCGAGAAAGGGGGUACUGCGAAUCAAAAUAUCAAGAAGUUUUCAAGUUUGGCUGGGACAGGACUCCAAGUGGUAAAACACUUGGUUGGAGAGGUGAUACUCGAUACUAAGCCUACUGAUAACAGUGAGCCAUUCGAAUUUGAGAAUGAGCUGAGGGUUGAGCUUCCACAAGGUCUGCUAAUGGUCCCGGACAAGGGAGGCGGUGGGGGUCGGCAGUGGGGGGAGGCAGGAAGCAAGGCCGAGUGCAAGGACGUGGCCGAGACCGAUGGAGGGUACUGCGAGUCAAAACAUCAAGAAGUUUUCAAGUUUGGUUGGGACAUGACUCCAAGUGAGGUGAUACUCGAUACUAAGCCUAGUGAUAACGGUGAGCCAUUCGAAUUUGAGAAUGAGCUGAGGGCUGAGCUUCCGCAAGGUCCGGUAAUGGUGUCCAUUCGGAUGACGCAGAGAUUGACAAAUCUGACAUCGGAUAAAUUUUGCACGAUGGCCCCGGUCAGCCCGGACAGGGGAGGCAGAGGGGUCGGCAGGGGUGGGGGAAGGCAGAGGGGUGUGGGCGAGGCCGAGACCGAGGCCGAGGACGAG